AUACAUAUGUACAAAUGUACGUACGUAUGUAUAAAAAUUGAUACAUUAUAUCGAACUGUCAAUUGUUUCUCUUUUCGUCUAAUCAAAAUGUAGUUGACAUAAAAAUUACAACAUUUUUAUUUUUUGUAAAUACAAAAUUUUCUAUCAGAUAUCAAAAUUUAUAAGAAUUUUAUUAUAAUGCCUCCCAGGGCAGACAGAACCGCUGGUGGCGGCGAUGAUACAAUAAAAUCUAAGACAAUUACGAGUGCAACAUUUUGCGGGAUACCCUCUCCAGGACCGAAGUACAAAUUGAAAACGCUCGUUGGUUACAACGAUCAUUGUAUUUCGAAGUAUCGAAAUCCGGCAUACACGUUUGGUAUGAGGCAAAUAUCUGAAGACGUAUGUGAAGGUCCUGGACCAAAGUAUAUGCUUCCAGAAGUAAGAGCAAAAGGUUUUACUCAUGGAUUCGCGUUAAAAACUACAGAUAAAACUUGUGGUCCUGGUCCGAAAUAUUUUAUACCAACUCCUCCAAGCGGUCCUAUAUUUUCUCUAAAAUGGCGUACUAGAUACAAAACUGAAUGUGCAUCGCCUGGACCUUACGACAUUAAGUCGUUCCCUGGACCAAGCUUUACCAUAGGAGUACGUCUUCCUGAUGACAAAUGUAUUGGUGGACCGGGACCUGCUGGCCCAUAUACAUUGGAUGUGGUUAAACCAAGAUCACCAAUGUUUAGUAUAGGCUUUUUCCAUCGCUAUAAAGAUAUCUGUAAGAGCCCAGGACCUAAAUAUAAUCCCAAAUUGUUAGAUCUAUCACCAAAGUUUUCUUUUGGAAUGAAGCAUAGUGUCUGUGCACCACCGUAUUUUUCUGAGUGUGAUGAAAAAUGUUAAACGUCGAUUUGUCCAUAAAAUUUAUCGAUCCAAGAAUUAUUUCGCCGAUUAUGAUUUUAUAGAUUCGAUAUUAAUUAUUUUGAUACAAUUUACUCAAAUUGUUAACAUCGUUGAUGAUAGUUUAGAUAUCAUACGAUGUAUGAUAAAAAAGUAAAGCAUUUUGAUCAAAUUUAUUAUACUAAAAAUCAAAAAUAAAUUACAGAUAUUUUUAAAAUUGCCUAAAAACAUCAAUUCAUAAAUAAUAAAUGUAUUUUAAAAUCUAAUGUUGAAAGAUAUACAUAAUUCAUAUCGUUGAACGUUUUAGAUAUCGUUCGGGAUGUAUAUACAAAAAAAUUUGUGCUGUAUAUAAAUAAAAAAAUUGUGCUGUGUAUAAAUUAUUAAAAAUAAUAUUUUAAAAAAUAUUGAAUUAGAUUUUACAGGAACAAUAUCAGAACAUUAUUUUGUCGAAAUCAUUAAUAUACCGUGCAGAAUUAAAUGUGCAACAGCUCAUUUCUCGCUUUUCUUAGAAAAAAGAUAUCGUUAUAAUUUCAAUCUUUACAAUUCCAAGA